GGACACCAACCUCACUCGCUGCCCUCCACCGCAGCAUGCUGAAAGUCACCAUGCCCUCCUCCUCCUCGUCUUCGUCGUCCCCCUCCGGCGCCCCCUCGUCUACCGGCGGCCCUGCUAGUGCUGCCGCUGCCUCGAGCCGGGGUGGGGGCGCUGCUGCCACCGCCGCCGUUGUCCCGGAAUACUGGAUCGACGGCUCCAAUAGAGACACCUUGGCCGAUUAUUAUGAGCUGGAGUCAGAGCUGGGACGAGGUGCAACAUCUAUUGUCUACAGAUGCAGGCAGAAAGGAACACAAAAGCCGUUUGCUGUCAAAAUCUUGAAGAAAACUGUAGACAAGAAGAUUGUCCGAACAGAAAUAGGGGUUCUGCUUCGACUUUCACAUCCAAAUAUUAUAAAACUGAAGGAGAUAUUUGAAACUCCCACAGAAAUCAGCCUUGUCUUAGAGCUGGUCACAGGAGGAGAACUGUUUGACAGGAUUGUGGAAAAAGGAUAUUACAGUGAACGAGAUGCUGCUGAUGCUGUGAAACAAAUCCUGGAGGCAGUUGCUUAUCUACAUGCCAAUGGAAUUGUUCACCGUGAUUUGAAACCAGAAAAUCUACUAUAUGCAACACCAGCUCCAGAUGCACCUUUAAAAAUAGCUGAUUUUGGGCUUUCCAAGAUUGUUGCAGAUCAAGUGACCAUGAAAACAGUCUGUGGAACUCCAGGGUAUUGUGCACCAGAAAUACUACGAGGAUGUGCCUAUGGCCCAGAAGUGGACAUGUGGUCCUUGGGAAUAAUCACCUACAUCCUACUCUGUGGUUUUGAACCAUUCUAUGAUGAAAGAGGAGACCAGUACAUGUUCAAAAGGAUUCUGAACUGUGAAUAUGAUUUUGUUUCCCCCUGGUGGGAUGAUGUGUCUCUAAAUGCCAAGGAUUUGGUAAAGAAGUUAAUUGUGCUUGACCCCAAGAAACGUCUUACCACAUUUCAAGCUUUACAGCAUCCUUGGGUCACAGGCAAGGCAGCUAAUUUUGCUCAUAUGGAUACAGCCCAAAAGAAACUCCAAGAAUUCAAUGCUCGGCGAAAACUUAAGGCUGCAGUGAAAGCUGUUGUUGCCUCAACUCGCCUUGGGAGUGCAAGCUGCCACAGCACCCACGACAGCGAUAAGCCCAGCCAAAACCAGUCUCUGGACCCAGAAAGUGAGGACAACGUGGAGGAAAAAGAAGCAGAAGCAAACCUUGCUGAUACUCACAAAGUGUACACUCAGGAAGUAGCAUCUGAAGGAGAGUCUUAAAAAUUGGGGUAUCUUAUUCUAGCCAAGUUCUGUCAUUCCAUGCACCAGCCAAGUGACCAUUCAGAAAGAAAGAAUUAUAAGCAUGGCCACUCUAGGUGGCUCUGCUUUGAGAUGAAAAUUGCUGUAGCUGGUGACCUGAACUUCAAUGCAUGUGACUGCUUCUGAAAAAAAUAGUAAAGUCAUUUAUUGGCAUGCCAUGGAUAAAGUGAUAUUUACAGUAAUACCAACAAGUGAAGUGGAGAGAACAGGGUGUGUGUGAACACUCCGUAUGAUCAACAUGUAUAUCUCAUGUAGACUGUUUACAGAUAACCCCUGAAGUGAAUUGUGAUUAUGGCUUACACAACAUAGGCAUUUUCUAAAGAUCAUGACAUUUCUUCAAUAUGCUUCCUUUUAAAUUCAUAAUCACCCAGUAGAUUUAUGGGCACUAAGAUCCACCAAGUGUUUUUAAAAAUGGCAUAUGAUUUUGCAUUCAUCAAUGCUCAUUUACAAACUGUUUACAAUUCAGAACUUAGAUAUUUAUAUGCAAAAACAUUCCACUGAUUCCUGUGAAAGAAUGUUUUUCAACUGCUAUGAAACUGUAUGUUCCUUAAGAAUGCCUUACCUCUAUCAGUAACCAUUUCUAUACAGUAUUUUGAUGAUAACUAAAAUAUCUUAAGGACUUCUGCCAUAUCAGUAUCUAGCAUUACUUUUACAAAACAAUGUUAAAGGAAGUAUUCAAAUGGAACAGGUAGGUGCCAUUGUUAAGGUAUAAUUGGAAUUAGUCAUGACUAUGAAACUGUGCACCUGUUUAUAUAGAUGGGCAUUCUGCAAUUAUAGAAAUGUGCUGUCAGAAGAAUAUUCAACAUUUGCUUUAGGAGAGAUGCAGGAGAACUGUGUAACCAUUUUUUUUAAUCUGUCACUAUAGACUGUACAGGGGUGCCAAUAAAGAACAGGUUAGGGAUAGGCCCCUGAAAGUGUCCUACUCAAGCACCUGUGUAAAAUAGCUGUUACAAUGUUUACUCUGCCAGGUGUAACCUAUGUGUUGAAAAAUAAUCAGAAUUGAUAACAUUU